GUAAGCAUAAUAAGAUUCCAGAAUCAUUUUCAAGUUCAAUAAUAAUCACAAAUGUUAUUACUUUACAUGCAACGUUAAAGAGGCAUAAGCAGAACCGCUGUCCCUCUCCCUCUUCUUCUUCAUCCUUCCUUCUUGAGGAAGCCCAUAACGGAUUGAAGAUGCAGAGUACAGCUCUUGCUCUGUCUCCUUCAACUCCAUUUCUCAAACCUCGCAACCAGACACUAAUCCUCAGCCCGAUCAGACUCCCUCGCAGACCAGCUCCCGGCUGCUGCUGUCUUCCUUCGCGGUUCGAUACUCGUGUUAUCUCUUCUUUGUUUCUCGCCUUGAGUUUGAGGAAAAGAGAGGUUGGUGUUAAGGUCAGGGCCACCUCGGUCCCGGGAAGCGCCUCUGAUGAUGGCUCGCCAAAGUCCGGCGCGGCAGUCAGGACUCUGCAGCUUGCAGUCAUGUUCGGAGUCUGGUACCUUUUGAACAUUUAUUUCAACAUAUAUAACAAGCAGGUCCUGAAGGUGUAUCCAUUCCCAGCAACAGUCACAGCCUUCCAAUUCGCAUGCGGGACCCUGAUCAUCCUGCUCAUGUGGACGUUCAAUCUCCACCCGAGACCAAAACUUACUAAAUCUCAGCUUGCAGCAGUUCUGCCACUUGCUGUGGCUCACACAAUGGGCAACCUCUUAACGAACAUAAGUCUCGGGAAAGUUGCAGUCUCGUUCACUCACACCAUCAAAGCGAUGGAGCCCUUUUUCACGGUUGUCCUUGGUGCCCUGCUAGUUGGGGAGAAGCCUUCUCUCUGGGUGGUUUCUUCUUUAGUGCCCAUUGUCGGCGGAGUAGCCCUAGCGUCCUUCACCGAGGCUUCUUUCAAUUGGAUCGGGUUCUGCAGUGCAAUGGCUUCCAACUUGACCAACCAGUCCCGUAACGUUCUUAGCAAGAAGUUGAUGGUUAAGGAAGAGGAAACACUGGACAAUAUCAAUCUCUUUUCAGUGAUAACCGUCAUUUCCUUCAUAUUGCUCGUUCCCUCAGCUGUUUUGAUGGAGGGCAUCAAGUUUAGCCCUUCAUACCUGCAGUCAUCUGCUAGUCAAGGUUUAAAUCUUAAAGAGCUGUACGUGAGAUCCCUUGUUUCCGGGUUGUGCUUCCACUCAUAUCAGCAGGUCUCCUACAGUAUACUCGGAAUGGUGUCUCCCGUCACACAUUCGGUAGGAAACUGCGUGAAGCGAGUGGUUGUUAUAGUCUCAUCAGUCCUCUUCUUCCAGACUCCAAUCUCUCCAAUAAACGCCCUCGGAACUGCAUUGGCUCUUGCCGGAGUGUUCUUGUACUCAGGAGCAAAGCGAAUGAAGCCAAAGUUAAAAGCUUCGUGAACGGAAAAUGUAGAAUAAUGUAACAUUCACACGCUUCGCAGCAAAUUUGGGCUCUAUUGCUGAAAAUGGUUCUGACUGAUGAUUACAGAGAUUGAUUUAACACUUAACGUGCUCUUGAGCUUGUAAAAAGCUAAGAGGAAGAACCCUUUCCACCCUUUCCUGUAAUCGUUUUCUUUUCGAAUUUCAAGCAUAUAUUUCUCCGGAACUGUCUUACAUAUUGAAUUUUAAACUGUCUACUGCAAGCUGCCAAGGCAUCGGGAAUACUUGAGGGUACCCCAACUUUCGGGAAUAGCUAUCUUUUCUA